AUGGCGCCUUCAAGCCCAAUACCGUCACCUGUCGAUUUCCCAUCACCAGACUUUUCUUUCGGUGGAGGCUACUCACCAGGCUCACAAUCUCCAGGUCCAGCUCAUUCACCAGACUUUGGACCUGAUCGCGACUGGCGAGACUGUAGACAUUUGAUCCCAAAGCUACCGUCUACACGGCCUCGUGCACUUACACCGCCGGGCUUCAGUGAUGAUGAUGACGAUAUGAGUCUGCAGCGACCGGCUGCAGCCUUUCAACAAUCUCUCUGGUUCAAGGUCCCCGCUAAUCUGAGACGGGAUAUCCUUCGGCUGGCGUUUGGAGAUAGACGUCUUCAUAUGCAUCUCGCUUUUGAUCCUUCUGUUCGUAACCCAGACGAUCCAUAUUCCCUUGAACUGGAUGAACCAGACGAUCCUGGCCUAGGGGAUCCACAGAGAAAACUCUGGUCAUGGAAUGGAUGCAUCUGCGCUCGAAAGUAUGAUCCAGAGCUGGGGCCCAUGACGCGCGGUGGCCUCAACCCAGGUCCCUGGAUUGAUCGCUGCUGUGAUCCGAUCAAUGUUCCGAAGCCACCGCCUGAAAGUAUCGGCAUCAUGGGCUGGCUGCAGUCGUGUCGGCAAAACUACGCCGAGACUAUUGAUGUUCUAUACUCUACAAGCACCAUCAUUCUCUCCAGCGAAGCAACAAUCACUGAACUCCCAUCGCUCAUAACCCACCACCAUCUCACCAAGAUCACCUCCCUCGAGAUCAAAGCCCCCAUUACCAAAGACAAUGUCCUCGAGGAUAUCACCAACCUCAUUCUUCCCGACCCCCAUUCUCCCCGGUUCCCAAACCUCAAGCGCCUCUACAUCUCAAUGGAAUGGAGCGGCGUGGAUACCCGCGAUCCGGAUCCAGAUGAACUGAUCGCGUCAUUCGACGCCUUGGCGGGAACAAUCAAAGAGUGCGCUUUCGCCAUCCCCAUGGAGUGGUUUUCGCGCAUCUCCUGGGGUCAGAUGCGAAGCGCAACUACAGGCAAACAGAUCACCUACAGCCAGUUAUGGCGUACGCUCGGCAAUGCUGAGGACGACAAAGAUGCGCAUGAGGGCGGGUUUGAUGUCAUACAGCUACCUUAUGUAGACAGCUAUCCGAAGCCUCCGUAUCACUUGCAGAGUCCCGGUGCUGGGUAUUGGAUCCUGGAGGCGAGUGAGAUGUCGUUGAGUAUGGAUUAUGAUUUUCUGACUGGGCAAUACAAUGAUGACUACAGCGACUUCAGAUAAAGCCUCUUUGUGCAUGGAGAAGGGGUCUACAGUCAUCUGGCGCUCAAACAACAGACACUACUAUUAAAGCCG